ACAAGCUUUGUUAAUGAAUGUGGGGUAAUUACACAAUUGUUUGCUGCUGGAGCUCUCGAAGUGGGAUGCGUCCAUGUCCAUCUUGUCUCCUUCGACACUCGACGCAACCAGCGACCAAGACCAACUCGACCAACCUAUACAAAACUUCUCCUACAUUGCCAAUUGAAGUUCAAGUCGGAUCGUUCUCCGUCAGACCUCAAAAUGACGACCUCCAACCGCCGCCUCAUCGGACUCUCGUCCAAAAUGUACUUCUCCCUCGACAAGACGUCCACCUACACAUCCGCCCUCCUGACCGCUCUCUCUUCGCUACCCUCACCGCCGCCCGUCGACAUCUUCCUCAUCCCCGACUUUGUCACCCUCGUGCCCACCGCGCAGCAGCUCAAGGAGGCCGGCUCGGACGUCUGGCUGGGCGCGCAGGACACCCACUGGGAGGACCACGGCGCGUACACGGGCGAGGUCAGCCCCUCGGUGCUGCGGGAUGUGGGCGUCAAGAUUGUCGAGGUCGGCCACGCCGAGAGGCGGCGGCUGUUUGGGGAGGACGACGACAUUACCGCCAAGAAGGCCGCGGCUGUCGCGAGGAACGGCAUGGUCCCCCUGGUCUGCAUUGGCGAGAAGACAGAGGGUGAUAUCCGCGUGGCGGUGGACGAGGUGCAGGUGCAAAUCGACGCGGUCAUGAGCGCUGUAGACGACGCGGCAGAAGUCGUGUUGGCGUACGAGCCUGUCUGGGCGAUUGGCGCGAGUCAGCCUGCUGGUGAGGAGCACAUUCUGAAUGUCGUUGCGGGUAUCAGGAACCUGGACAGCGUUAAGAACAGGCGAGGCAGCACGAGGAUUGUGUAUGGAGGCAGUGCUGGCCCUGGACUGUUUGAGAGGCUGAGCUCUGGUGUCGAUGGCCUCUUUCUGGGCAGGUUCGGACACGACGUGGCUCAGUUUGUGAGGACAGUCAAGGAGGUCAUUGAUGCAUGAGUCUUGCGGGUCACAGCGCCAGAUCAGAGAGGAAGUGCUUUGCAUUGUAGUAGCGAGCUAUGUGUUCCAUCCGUGCCUAGAACAUGGCA